GCUCGAAUUGAUUGCGACUGUUUAUAUUUCGCUGCCGUCUAGAGUUGUUUUGGAAACACCGCUCUUUUAGGUCAAUCCUCUAUCUCGCCGGACUCCCCCCCAACGCCGCCGGUAAUAUCUUCCCGAGGUUUCAUUUCGUCGACAUGAAGCUCACCGUUAAGACGCUCAAGGGUAGUCGUUUUGAAAUUAGCGUUUUGCCCACCGACACGAUAAUGGCGGUGAAGAAGAAGAUUGAAGAUUCACAGAGCAAAGACAGCUAUCCAUGUGGCCAGCAACUGUUGAUUCACAACGGAAAGGUUUUGAAAGAUGAAACUAGUUUGGUCGACAACAAUGUCACCGAGGAGGGGUUUCUUGUUGUCAUGCUUAGCAAGAACAAAACUGCAAGUUCAGCUGGUUCAUCUUCUACUCAGCCUACUUCCACGACCACAUCUUCAACUACGCCUGCAGCUCCGUCUACAACCCAAUCUGUAGCUGUGCCAGCUGCAAAUACUACUCUUGCCCAAGAACAACCUGCGGCACAAAGUGGCACCGAUGGUCAGACUCCAUCAACUUUAGUUAGUGGCACUAGUGUUGAGCAAAGGGUUCAACAAAUAAUGGAAAUGGGAGGAGGCAGCUGGGACGAAGAAACAGUUAUUCGUGCACUUCGUGCAGCGUAUUACAACACUGAGAGAGCAGUUGAUUAUCUAUAUUCUGGAAUUCCUGAAAGCGAAGAUACUCCACCACUAACUAACAUAUCGGGAGUAGGAUCUGGCGGUGCAAACCAUGCCGCUCCUCCUGCCUCUGGAGGACCUAAUGCAUCUCCUUUGGAUUUGUUUCCCCAGGAAGCAGUGUCUGAUGCUGGUGCUGGAGAUCUUGGAACGCUUGAUUUCCUCAGAAGCAAUGAUCAGUUCCAACAAUUACGAUCCAUGGUCAAUUCCAACCCCCAGAUUCUGCAGCCUAUGCUUCUAGAGCUGGGAAAGCAGAAUCCACAACUUCUGAGGCUAAUUCAAGAGAACCAAGCCGAAUUUGUUCAGUUACUCAACGAGCCCUACGAAGGAUCUGACGGGGAAAUGGAUGUUUUCGACCAACCCGAGCAAGAGACACCCCAUGCAGUGAACGUUACACCUGCAGAGCAAGAAGCGAUUCAGCGGCUUGAGGCAAUGGGAUUUGAUAGAGCAUUAGUGAUAGAAGCCUUCCUUGCGUGUGACCGUAACGAGGAAUUGGCUGCAAACUAUCUGCUGGAGAACUCAGCUGAUUUUGAAGACUGACUUCCCCAGCCCUUUUUUAACCAGUUCAGAGCACAAGAAGAAUUUUUUUUUUUAUUCCUCUACUCACAUCUUUCAUCUAAACCGAACCGUUCAUUUUUAACUCUGCUCAGAAUCUCAGAUGAUCAUAUCUUAUUAUUCUUAACCUCAGUCAUAUUUAUCAUAAAGAAUAAUUUGCUU